AUGACCUCCGCCACGACGAUCUUGCGCCUCUUCGCGCUAUCUGCUGCGUUGGGCCAGGCGACUGCUACCUUCAGCCUCGAUACGUCUGGUCCUAGUUGGGACUACACAACCAAGGACUUGGCGGACACGACUUCACAGGCUUGCAAGGACGCCUACAGCGCUGACAUCGACUGUGAUGAUACCCUCCUCAAGAUUGUGGCGUCUAUGGAUCCCGAUUUCGACCCGCAAUCGUCGGACUUGCAAGCUAUGUGCACAUCGACAUGCAAAGAUUCAUUAUCUCAAUAUCUGAAGAACGUCAAUACUGCAUGCAGCAAGGAUGGCGAUCGAGCCGGACUUGCUAGCGGGAAUAAAUAUAUCUAUGAGGCUGCCGUAGCCACCGCGGGCGAGGUUUUCCAGUACAAAUACGGCCAAGCUUGUGCCACGAGCGGCUCUGAUUACUGCUACUUGACCUAUCCCAGCAGCGAGGAUUGGGCCAGAACCGACUUCCCAUGUAGCGACGAGUGUGCCGUCAAGUUUUUCCAGAAUGCGCACGAGCAGCCUGGCUCGGGAUACUUUUUCUCCUAUUUUGCUCUGGGUAAUCAGUCAUCGUACUGGGAGGAGACCUUUGCUGGUGGCUGGGAAACUGUGGUCCAAUGCGGUGAUGGUGGAAGCAAUGUGAGCUCUGUUGGCACAAGUUCGACAAGCUCGACAAAGACCGAUAUCGUUGAGGUUUCAAUGUCAACCAGUCCAAUUAGUACCAAAGCGGCUGCCUCUACGACAUCAUCAUCAUCAUCAACUACUGCGAUGACAAAUGCUUCACUGGUCCGGUCUGCCUCCGAGGCUACUUCAGCUACGGCCACCAGUGGCGCUUCGAGGCUCAGAGCUUCUUUUUUGUUCUAUUAA